AAGCCAAGUAACUAUCUCCUUUCAAAACGAUUGAAAAAACAAAAAGAAAGAAAAUCAUUAAAAUCCGAAAACAAACCCACCAGAUUUUGACCGUAUAAUGAAUACGAACAUCUCUUCAAUGGCGUGAAUCUUAAUGCGAAUAAAAAAAAUAUUACUACUACAUGUAUUCUCUUUUUCCCAUUCGCAAUUUUUCCUUGUAAACAUUUUGUUUAUUACAGAAGAAAUAGCAAUGCCAAUGUGGGUUUCGAGUAUAAGAAUUGCGUCGAUUAUUAUUGGUUUUUCCAAUUUAGGUGUUGUCAUUCUUGGUGGGUUUUGGAUGUUUCUGGUGAUUCCUAAUUGUAAUCGUAACAAAAUAAAGAUUCCUAUUGUGAGUGUCUCCUUGUUUGCUGCACUCAGAAUCUUUGUGAUGGUCAAGUCAGGAGUUGCUCAAGCACAUAUUGCCGCCACAAUUCAAGAUUCUCUCUCCGAAACGGCUGCCAUGGACUCUGUUAUUCGCCUCAACAGAAAGAGGAGGUAUAAAACAUGGCUUGGGUGGAGCAGAUUUGCACUGGUAAUUACUUCGCUGCAAAUUAUGGGUGCGAUUUACCUUGUGUAUAGUGUGGCUAAAUUUAUUUCUCAAGAUGGAACAUCACAUCAUUGUUUCUUAGGGUUGGCUUCAAAUGGUAAUGAAUGGAAGCGUACAGUUUUGAUUUUAUAUGUUAUAAUUUGUUGUUCGGUUCCGCUGGCACAAUGUUUCUUGGGAUCUGACGUCCUCAGAUGGAGGUCUUUUUAUGCAACCCAAGAUGAUGUAUGGAAAGCUCACUAUCAUGAGGUGUUUGACUAUGGUAUUCGUGAGGCUUUAUGUUGUUUGGGACGUAUGGAAUAUUUGGGAGUUUACGAGGAAGAUGAAGUAUACUCAGUAGCACGACUGCUGGGUGAUCUUGUUGCUUAUCGUGCAUUAGGGACUGGACAUUUGGAACUUCUAGCAGGUUUAGCUUUGUUGCAGAAGCAUAGUGGGUCCUCAAAAUCUUAUGAAGGUGCAGUGGAGGCACCUAAGGAAUUGAUUCAGGAGGCCUUUACUUUUCAUGAAUUUGCUGAAGCUGCAUAUACAGGGCCAUUGCUUGAUUUUGGGAGACACAAUGUCUUUUUCCCUUGUGCAUGGGUCUACAGGCAAGGGAUAUUGAGUCCUUGGACUCGAAACAGGAGGCCCAUGCUUAAAGGAGAUAACUGGUGGAGAGGCCAUGCCGCUGCCUUCUUAAAAUAUGUUAAUUUGCCACCAGAAGUUCUCCGACAAGGUCGUGUUUGUCAGGGAAAGUGUAAAGCUGCAUACUUCACUGUGGUUCUACAUCAUAUACGAUCUGUAGUAAUUGCAGUACGGGGAACUGAGACUGCUGAAGACCUUAUAACCGAUGGUUUAGGCAGGGAGUGCCCCCUUAACACAAAAGACUUGGAUGGGUUGAUAAAGUCCAACCUUAUUCCACUGCAUGUGAAGCAAAGUGUGGAAUUAUCUUUCCCACACUAUGGACAUUCAGGUGUAGUUGAAGCUGCACGGGAUCUUUAUAUGCAGAUUGAAGGAAAUCCAGGAGAUAAAGACGCAGAAUUAGAUGGCUUGCUUUCUUCUUUAUUGGGAGCUGGAUGUGAGUGUGAUGGAUAUAGCAUAAACAUAGUUGGGCAUUCCUUAGGAGGGGCAAUUGCUGCAUUGCUAGGAAUCAGACUGUAUCGUCAGUAUCCAAAAUUACAUGUGUAUGCAUUUGGGCCCCUUCCAUGUGUGGAUUCAAUCAUUGCAGAAGCAUGUUCAGACUUUGUCACAAGCAUUGUACACGACAAUGAAUUUUCUGCACGCCUUUCAGUUGGAUCAAUUCUUCGGCUUCGUGCAGCUUCAAUCAUGGCACUCUCAGAAGAUUCUAGUGCUGAUAGGACCUUGAUAUUUAGACUUGCUCGCCGGUUUCUUUCUAUUGGCAAUUGUGAAACCAGAAGAACUGAUGGAAAGGAUUCAUCUGAAUUCCAAUCUCCAGUAACCGCAGGAGAUGACCUUAACUAUGAAGUUUAUAGAGGAACCAAUAAACUGGACAACAGCAUUCCUCUCUGGAAGGAGUUGGGCACUAGUAGUGCUAGUGAUACUGACAAUGGCAUUUUUGAAAAUCUUUACAAUGAGCCAUCUGUUGUAAAUCCAUUGGAUAAUCCCGUGUCUCAAUUUUUUGAAACUGUCCCUCAAAGAUGGUCAUCCGGGGAUCCUCCUGAAAUGUUUUUGCCAGGCCUUGUGGUUCACAUGGUACCAAAAGGAAGAAACACUAGUCUUCCGUUAUGGAAAAGCUGGAGAAGCCAAGAGAGUGGACUAAAUUAUAAUGCUUGUUUAGCAAAGAGAGAAGACUUCAAAGAUAUCGUCGUGUCACCUAACAUGUUUCUUGAUCAUCUUCCGUGGAGAUGUCACAAUACCAUGCAAAAGAUUUUGGAAGCUCGAAAUAAAAAUGCCAUGGAUGAAACUCAAAUUGUGUGAUUUAGAUUCAGUGCAGUAGAUCCUAAGCUUGCUCUCCAGUUCUAUGAGUCAUACGCAGGAUUCAUUUGCAGUACACCAAUCUGGAAUAGAUAUAAAUGCCUGCAAUGCAUUUUGCUGCUUCAAAGUAAAGAAAAAUGGUUUAUGAAACUGUAUCCUGACCCGCAAGAGCUUUACUACAAAGAAAAGGUGCAUUAUGUUCUAUUCUCCCCGUUAUUGAAGCACUGUGUUGGGGGAAAAUGGUAUUUAUAAUGAUUUCCCACUGCUCUCUUCAUACUGUAAUUUCAUUUCACAUUGUUUAUUUAUGCAAUAAAAUUUUAUCGGAUUUCCUCGAAAAGAAACUGUAUGUAACUUGUAAUAUUGUCAUACUUCCAGUAACCUACGCUCUUCAAACUAGAAAGAUUGCAAUCUUGCAAAGUUCUCUCCUAUCUUUUGGUCCUGGGAAAUCGGAAGUGGCCUUUCGAAUUCUGAAUAAUGUACGAUGGCUGCUUGAUUGACAA